AUGCCGGAGCACAGUCCGGAGGAGCACCGCCGAUUGCUCGAUUCGCGCGAUGACGAAGAAGAACAGGAGGAGCGAGCCUACGAUUCAACCGAGAAAGUCCAGAUCAUCGGGGUCGACGAGGGAGCCGACGACUACUCCACCAGGCCGCCGCCGUUCUCCUGGAGGAAGCUGUGGCUGUUCACCGGGCCGGGCUUCCUGAUGAGCAUCGCCUUCCUGGAUCCGGGGAACCUAGAGGGGGAUCUCCAGUCCGGGGCCAUCGCCGGCUACUCCCUCCUCUGGUUGCUCCUAUGGGCCACCGUCAUGGGCCUCCUGGUCCAGCUGCUCUCGGCCCGGCUCGGGGUAGCGACGGGCCGGCACCUGGCGGAGCUGUGCCGGGAGGAGUAUCCUAAUUGGGCCAGGCUGCUGCUCUGGGUCAUGGCUGAGCUGGCGCUAAUUGGGUCCGAUAUUCAGGAGGUCAUUGGGAGUGCUAUUGCUAUCAAGAUUUUAAGCCAGGGGGUUUUGCCUCUGUGGGCUGGGGUGAUUAUCACGGCCCUUGACUGCUUCAUCUUUCUGUUUCUGGAAAAUUACGGCGUGAGGAAAUUAGAAGCACUUUUCGCAGUCCUCAUAGCAACCAUGGCCAUCUCCUUUGCGUGGAUGUUCGGUGAAACUAAGCCCAGCGGUGGUGAACUUGUAAUUGGUGUUUUGGUUCCAAAGCUCAGCUCAAACACAAUACAACAAGCAGUCGGGGUUGUGGGCUGCAUCAUUAUGCCUCACAACGUGUUCCUCCACUCAGCCCUCGUCCAAUCCCGAGACGUGGACAACCGCAAGAUCGGGCGUGUUCGGGAGGCCCUCACUUACUACUCGAUUGAGUCGGGAUUUGCACUCGCCAUCUCCUUCAUGAUCAACUUGUUUGUCACGACAGUUUUUGCAAAGGCAUUUUAUGGCACAGAGCAGGCAAACAGCAUAGGCCUAGUGAACGCGGGCCAGUACCUUCAGGAUAAGUUUGGCGGUGGGCUUUUCCCGAUUUUAUAUAUAUGGGCCAUAGGUCUGUUGGCUGCUGGGCAGAGCAGCACCAUCACGGGCACAUAUGCGGGCCAGUUUAUUAUGGGCGGGUUCUUGAACCUGCGGCUCAAGAAGUGGCUGAGGGCCCUGAUAACUAGGACCUUUGCUAUUGUGCCGACUUUGGUUGUGGCGCUCGUAUUCGACACAUCUGAGGACUCAUUGGAUGUGCUGAACGAGUGGCUGAACGUGCUACAGUCGAUUCAGAUCCCUUUUGCUCUCAUUCCUCUGCUUUGUUUGGUUUCCAAGGAGGAGAUCAUGGGCUAUUUCAAAAUUGGCACUGUUCUUCAGGUUAUAUCAUGGCUUGUUGCGGCUCUGGUGAUAAUGAUAAACGGAUAUCUGAUGGUGGAUUUCUUCUCAUCCGAAGGGAGUGGUGCACUGUUUACCUCAGCAGUUUCAGUUUUUGCAGUUGCAUAUGUUAGCUUCAUCAUUUAUCUUGUUGCGAGGGGCAUCAACUUUUCCAGUUUGCGUGGAAAAUCCAAGACAAAUGUGGUCGUUUGCUAA